AUCACUGCUCAAAAAUAACUUAACAUUUCUGCAACAUUUAAAAUGAAGUUGUUUUUUUUCCUGUUUUUCUAACUCUAGCUUCAGACAUGAUCAGAUAUGAAACUGAAUUGAACAAAUGUGAUGUUGUGAUUGUCCCAAAAAAUUAUUAUAGAAAUGUGACAUCAUUUGUUGUAUAUUUAAAAAGCAAAAUGUUAAUUCAUUAUACGACAUUUAAUUCGAAUUUUUUUGUGUACUAUGACUGUUCUAGAUAAGAUAAAUAUUAGAUUAAGUAGAGGCAAGUGGUCAUUGAACUUUGCUUCUGUUUGUUUUCCCUUCUGUCUUUAAGCUCCACCCCAUGAUAUCAGUAUCCCAGUUGCAGAAGUAAGGACCGUGUCUCAGGCUUCUGCCCUGCUUUAACCUUUGUUGAAGCAGCCGGUGAUGGAGUGGUCAUGGACAAUUCUUGCAGUUGCUGCACUUAUCUUUUUCUUUCACGCAUUGAGAUGGAAAAGAAGGGCCAAAAAUAAGAGAUUACCUCCCGGUCCGAGAGGGCUUCCUAUUUUUGGAAACCUUUUCAUGAUGGGGAACAUACCUCACCAAGAUCUUCAACAGUUAGCCCAGAAGUAUGGCCCCAUAAUGCACUUACGCUUUGGCCUGAUGCCUGUAAUUGUUGUCUCAUCCCCUGAAGCUGCCGAGCUAUUCCUUAAGACAUAUGACCUUGUUUUUGCUAGCAGGCCGCCUCAUGAAGGUGCCAAGCAUGUUGGUUACAAUCAGCAGAACUUGUCCUUUUCUCCAUACGGGUCCUAUUGGCGCAACAUGCGUAAGACGUGCACUCUAGAGUUGCUUAGUAAUCUCAAAAUCAAUUCUUUCAGUUCCAUGAGAAAGGAAGAGCUUUUUCUUUUAAUUCAGUAUAUUCAAGAGGCUGCUUCUGCUCGAGUUGCUGUUGAUCUUAGUACUAAGGUCUCAUCUCUUACUACUGAUAUUUCUUGUAGAAUGGUGCUUGGAAAGAAAUAUAGUAAUGAUGAUUUCAACGAAAAAGACUUCGAAGCUAUAAUUCGACAGGGCACUCAAUCAAUUGGUGCUUUUAAUUUAGCUGAUUACAUUCCUCAAAUUAAAGGACUUGAUCUUCAGGGUCUAACAAAGCGCCUGAAAACUAUUGCCAAGGUCUUUGACGACUUCCUUGAGAAGAUAAUUGAUGAGCAUGUUCAAUCCAAAAGUGAAAACAGAAUCAUGGACUUCGUUGAUGUCAUGCUGGGAUUCAUUGGAUCAGAAGAAACUGUUGAGUACCAUGUCGAGCGAGACAAUAUCAAAGCAAUAAUAUCGGACAUCCUUGCAGCUUCAAUGGAUACUUCAGCUACUGCAAUUGAGUGGACACUGUCCGAACUCAUCAGACAUCCACGGGUGACAAAGGAAGUCCAAAAAGAACUGGAAAAUGUAGUAGGCAUGGAGAGGAUGGUCGAAGAAUCAGACUUGGAGAAAUUGAAGUACUUAGACAUGGUUGUGAAAGAAAGCUUUAGGCUUCACCCCGUGGUACCAUUGCUGCUCCCGCAUGCAUCUAUGGAAGACUGCAUAGUGAAUGGCUAUCACAUACCCAAGAAUUCACGAAUCUUCAUAAACGCAUGGGCCAUAGGUAGGGACCAAAAGGUUUGGACUGAUGCAGAGAAGUUUUAUCCAGAGAGAUUUGUUGGAAGUGACAUUGAUCUUCGUGGACGCAACUUCCAGCUAAUCCCAUUUGGUUCUGGCCGCAGAGGCUGCCCUGGAAUGCAACUGGGUCUCACUAUUGUUCGGCUUGUGGUGGCACAAUUGGUGCAUUGCUUCGAUUGGGAACUCCCGGAUGAUAUGUUGGCUACUGACUUGGACAUGACUGAGGAUUGUGGUCUAGUAUGUCGUAGGGCUAAGCAUCUCCUGGCUAUACCAACCUGGCGCCUAAAAACAUGAGAAAAUGGCUGUGUAAUUUCUACAAGAGUAUAUUUUCGGGAUAUAUUUGUCGCCUUCUCUAGUACUUUAGCUUUUCUCGUUAGAACGCAAGUUUUAUGGAUUUAUCAUAUCUAAUUAUCAUGAUUAAAUAAAUAAGAUCUAGAUUAAUUGCCUUUUCUUUUGGAUAUCCAAUUUAAAACAAAGUAUCCUAGCAUUUUUUUAGACUUACAAUCAUAAGAUGCACUGAUAUAAUAUUAAAAUUUUAAUUUAAAAUUCGAUUGGAUAAAUCAUAAAAUUAAAGAAAAAAAAGCUUUAA